AUGUACGCUGCUGCUGUACCUCUUUUUCUCGCCAUUUUCGCGCGUUUUGUGCAAGCCGGAGAUGGUCCUGUCAUCAGCACUCCUUCCGGUGUCGUUCAAGGCACGGAAGAAUCCUGUGGUUUGUUCUGCACAUACUACUCUUUCAAAGGAAUCCCGUAUGCUCAACCUCCGGUUGGACAACUGCGCUUUCGUAAUCCGGUGCCCCAUCCCGGUUGGGACGGAGUUCGCGACGGCAGUCUCCAUGGUUCCGUGUGCCCACAAGCCGGUCUGCUGCCCGGAGAGGUUAUCGGGGAUGAGGAUUGUUUGUUUUUGAACGUAUACAGCAAGAGCUUAAUCGGAUUGCGUCCGGUAAUGUUUUGGAUUCAUGGUGGAGCAUUCAGUAUCGGUUCUGGAAACGAUGAUCAAUUUAAUGCACAGAAAAUCGUUCUGGAGGAUGUGCUAUUGGUGACUAUCAACUACCGGUUGGGAACGCUCGGAUUCUUGAGCACUGGAGAUCAGUACGCACAAGGAAAUUGGGGUUUGAAAGACUGCAUCGAGGCUCUUCGUUGGGUACAACGGAAUAUUGUUGCUUUCGGAGGAGAUCCGAAUAAAGUUACUAUUACCGGAAAUUCAGCUGGAGCUGUCUUAGUUCAUUUCAUAUACAUGUCUGGUAUGGCGGACGGUUUAUUUCACCAAGCAAUUGCUCAAAGUGGAACCGGACUUACCCCGUUCGCUUUUCAGACUAAUCCAAAAUUCUAUGCUGACAGACUUGCGGCUAACCUGCAGUUAUCAACUGAUAGUGCAACCUACAUUGAAGAACUUAGAAACUUGCCGGCAAACAGUUUGGUUCCUUUCCAAUAUGUUGUAGCAACGAUUCCAGUACCCAGAUAUUUGCGCCCUUUGGAUUUUGUUCCAUCAGCAGAGCCAGAAAACUCACCGGAAGAAAGAGCACUGACAGACAAACCAAUGAAUCUAAUGCGGAGUCGUGAUAGUCGUGUUCCACUCAUGAUGGGCUACAACGACAUUGAGGGUUCAUUUUUCACCACUGUCGAGCUGUUGGUCGAUCCAACGGUUUGGAGUCAGUUCAAUUCCAACCCAGGUCUGUUGGUCCCGCAGUUCUGGAAUAUCGCAACAGGUACGACAACGUCCACAAGUGUCAUAAAUGCCUUCCAGCAGUACUACUUCCAUGGUCAAUCUAUUGGGCCAUUGGUGGAAUUCGAGUGGGCACAAUACUACGGGGAUCACAUGUUUCUGUUCCCGAUUGAUUAUGCUGCUCGCUUUUAUGCCGACCAUCAGACAUCGGUGUACUACUAUCAGUUCUCGUACGACGGAGAUUUAAAUCUGAUCAAGCAGAUGCUGCAAAUUACCCACCCUGGUGCGAUUCAUACCGAUGAGCUGCCCUAUCUGUUUGAAAUGGCUACUCAACUGGGUAUUACUAUUUCACCAACCAGUCAUGCCUUGACUGUGAGCAAUCGAAUGGUUCGGAUGUGGACAAAUUUUCUAAAAUACGGAAAUCCAACACCUGAGGAAGAUUUACUGCUACAGAAUAUCAUUUGGCCAACUAUUUCGGCAGGUUCGAGCAAUCCAACUAUACUUGACAUCGGAUAUAAUUUGAUAGUUGGGGAUGUUUCCUCAUUGGGCAGACUAUCCAUGUGGCACAAUCUACAGACGUCCUAUGCUAAUAACCCUUUUCUCUGA